AUGCCCGCAGAAAGGCGUUCUCUCAGGUCCAACAAGUCGGACCCCUCCGCCAACGGAGAGAAAGCUCUUUCAUCCUCACAGAGCUCCACCUCCAACUCAAAAGACAAACCCGCUCCCGCCACCAGAUCAUCAGUUCGGAGUAAGACUGUAGCUGGCAAAAAGGGUUCCACCACCUCUUCCCCAAACAACAACAUGACCGCUGAUGAGAAGCAUCAUACUAAUGGCUCUGAAUCUGCGGAGAAUCAUGUCAACGGGACGGGAGAUGUGGAGAUGGCGGAUGAGGCUACCACCAAAGGCUCUGCUGAGCAGCAGCAGCAGCAGCAACAACAACAACAGCAACAACAACAACAACAACAAGCAGCUACACGUGACGGAGGUGACGGUGAUGAGGAGAUGACUGUCGUGGUACCUCCAUCCAAGAGCUCUAGGUUGUCUGGAGAUCCGGAUCAGAAUAGAACGGAUGUUGCCAUGAAUAGAGCUGAAGACGGUGGUGAUGCCUCGGAGAUUGAGAUGCAAAUCGAUCCCAGAGACAAAGCCUUAUCAGAUAUUAAAAGCAAUUUCUCCCUGCUGGAACGGGCCGUUUCCCAAUUUGAUCCACGCUUUACAUUGCGGGUCUUGAGGACGAUAUCGUCAAUGCGGAAGCAUCUCUCCGCCGAUCUUCUGGUCCAGGUCAUAGUAGAGACAUACCUCCCCUCGGAUUCAAUGGCAUCCUUCCUGCUCGCGUCUCUAGACAGGCAGUCGGCUUUCGCGGAUGCUCCUACAGAUUCCUCAAUGGAUAUCGAUAAUGAUGCCAAGUUAUCAGCAAAGACCGGAACUGGUGGUGGUGGUGGAGGUGGUGGAGCUGCUGCUGCUGCUGCCGCCGUUGCUGCGCGAGAGGUUCUUCCAGAGGUCGACAUUUACCUCUCCAUCCUCAUCCAGAUAUAUCUUUAUGACAAAAAGGAUAUCGAGCGAGGUGCAAGCUUCUCCAGCAACCUAGUGAAUCUAUUGCGAACAAUGAACCGAAGGACUCUGGAUUCCUUGGCUGCCCGUGUCUUUUUCUACUAUUCUCUCUUCUACGAACAGCUUGCUCCCCUUCCGCCUUCUCCAGCCGCAGCUGUCAUCUCCAUCCGCCAGCCCCUGCUCUCAGCUCUGAGAACCGCAGUCCUUCGCAAAGACCAAGAUAUCCAGGCCACCACCUCUUCAUCUCCCGUUCGGAAUUCCCCCCAGCGGCCUCCCAAUAACCAAAUCGCCCGCUAUCUCUACUAUCUUGGAAGAAUCCGCGCCAUCCAACUGCAGUACACAGAGGCCCACGAGCACCUAAUCGGCGCCACCCGCAAGUCCCCUUCAACGCACACCGCCGGCGGCUUCUACCAAGCAUCCACCAAGCUCCUCAUCGUCGUCGAGCUGCUAAUGGGUGAUAUUCCCGACCGUUCAAUUUUCCGCCAACCUGCCCUCGAGCGCGCCAUCCACCCUUACUUCAUCCUCGUGCAGGCAGUCAGCAUCGGAGACCUGGACGGCUUCGUCAACACCGUGCAGAAGCACAACUCCACCUUCCGACGAGACGGCACGUUCACACUCAUUCUACGCCUGCGGCAGAAUGUUAUCAAGACGGGGAUCCGGAUGAUGUCGCUGUCGUACACGCGCAUCUCGCUGCGGGAUAUCUGUCUGCGUCUCGGGCUGGAUAGCGAGGAGUCGGCAGAGUAUAUUGUUGCCAAGGCCAUUCGGGAUGGGGUGAUCGAGGCAUCGUUGGACCAUGAGCGUGGGUUUAUGAAGAGUAAGGAUGUUGGGGACGUGUAUGCGACGGCGGAACCGGGGGAGGUUUUCCAUGAGCGUAUCCGAUUUUGCUUGAACCUUCAUGAUGAGAGUGUUAAGGCCAUGCGAUUCCCGAUGAACCAACACCGCAUCGAGUUGAAGAACGCGCAGGAGGCGCGGGAACGCGAGCGGGAACUCGCCAAGGAGAUUGUCGAGGGGGACAUGGACGAUGACGAUGCCGGAGGGGACUUUGAUGGGAUCUCUAAUUAUGCUUCCCAAUGCCGCUGCGACCACAGAUCCUCCAGCCCCUUCCCCUCCGCCGCACUCCCUACAACUGCCGCAGCUACCACCCCUCCCGGCGAAAAUACCAAUCAAGCCCUGGGCUCCGCCGUCUCCGCCGCCCAAAACCUCUUCUCGAAGAAUAACCCACCGCCUCCUCCUCCUCCUCCUCCUCCUCCUCCGCCGCCGCCACCAUCAUUACAAACGGCCCAAACGCCCAUAUCCAUCGACCCCCUCCGCAUCGUUGGGAAGGAGCUGAAGUUUAUGAAAAAGAACAUCCAACAACUCCUAGGAUCCGGACACCCCCUACUCGACCGCAUAGCGAAAUACUACACAAGAAGCGAAGGCAAGCAUGUCCGCCCCUUGCUCGUCCUGCUUAUGUCGCAGGCCACAGCCAUAGCCUCCAAGUCGCCGCGACAGGUGCAGUCCGUAAGUGAAUCGGGGAUUAACGAGGCGAUUACAUCCCCCGCCAUCCUGGCCGAUACGAAUCCAGAUCACAGCGUUCUCACUUCCUCAACGACGGAGGCCUCAUACACGCUCCCCGGCGAAGAGGUUGAGAAAGGGCAAGGGCAGGUGCAGGGUGAUGGAAACAUCCUCCCCUCCCAGCGCCGUCUGGCAGAGAUCACAGAGGUAAUCCACACAGCCUCCCUGCUCCACGACGACGUGAUCGACAACGCUGUCACGCGCCGGUCCUCCGUCUCCGCGAACCUGGAAUUCGGCAACAAAAUGGCCGUGCUUGCCGGUGACUUCUUGCUCGGGCGUGCAUCUGUGGCAUUGGCCCGGUUGCGGGAUCCGGAGGUCAUCGAGCUGGUCGCGACGGUCAUUGCAAACCUGAUCGAGGGCGAGUUCAUGCAGUUGAGAAAUACGGAGCUGGAUGAGGAGAACCCGUUCUUCACUGAGGAGGCGAUCACAUACUACCUGCAGAAAACGUACCUGAAGUCUGCCAGCCUGAUUAGUAAAUCGUGUCGGGCAGCGGCGUUGCUGGGUCACAGUUCGCCCGAGGUCGUGGAGGCGGCGUAUUCGUAUGGGCGGAAUCUAGGGCUGGCGUUCCAGCUCGUGGAUGAUAUGUUGGAUUAUACGAUUUCGGGAGAGGAGCUGGGGAAGCCGGCUGGGGCGGAUCUGAAGCUGGGGCUUGCCACGGCGCCGUUGUUGUUUGCGUGGAGGGGGAAUCCGGAGCUAGGUGCGCUGGUUGGCAGGAAGUUUAGACGAGAGGGCGAUGUGCAGUUGGCCCGCCAAAUCGUCGCCCAAUCCGACGGCCUCGAGCAAACCCGCGCUCUCGCUCAGGAAUACACCGAUAAGGCCAUCGAGUCCAUCAGCAUCCUCCCAGACAGCGAAGCGAAAGCUGGUCUAAUUGAGAUGUGCGCGAAACUCACGCAGAGGAGGAAGUGA